GUUAAAUAAUGACAGAAAUGAUUGAUAAAUUUAGAGUACCAUUUUUGACAGCUCUCGCUAAUUACAAAUUGAGAUAGCAAACUGAUAUAUGGAUUAAUUUCAGAAAACUAUUGUAAUUGUUUGAAGGAUGCGAACCUUGGAUUAUCAAUGUUAAUGUAUUUCUCAAAUAUAUAAUGUUGUUAGAAAUGGAAUCAAUAUAAAAUAUGGGCUUUAUUAGAAAAACCUUAAAAGAUAAUUAAGUUGGUUUAAAAUUAUAGGGUUAACAUUUAAAAAAUGCAUCCCUAAAAUAUUGAAAUGGCUAUCGAUAAUCUUAGAUCAGGAGAUAAUUAAUAUUCAUAAUAUUUGGCUGCUCUUAUUCAAUUCAUUGUUGAUAAAUAUGAAAUUUUAAUUAAUGAAGAAUAAAUAGCUAAUUAUCUUGAUGAUUCUGAUGAUAUUGAAUCUAGAAUGAAGACCUAAGAAAGUGGACUUGAUUUUUAGGAAUAACCUUCUAUGGAUCUCUCUUGUAGUAAUAGUAAACCUAAUUCUGCUAUGAGAAAAAGUACUUGUACCUAAAGAUCAAAUACAACCGAAUCUCGUAAUCAUUGGAAUUAAACCAAAAGUACUAUUGAAAAUCUCUAGAAACACAAAAUACAUUUAUAAUAAUAAAUUGAGCAGUAAAAAGAAAUCCUUCGAGAACUUCAAUACGAACAUAAUAAAACCACUAAAUAGAUAUCAAGACUUAGUUCCAAUUCGAAGAUAGAUAAAAUUCUUAAUAACUUAAACAGAUCAAGAAGAUUUAUCUCAUGA